UGGUCUCCGACGAGAUGGACUUCAGGGUUCUACUGAUGUCCUGUCUGUUCGGCGCAUCGCUUGUUAAAGGUGAAGGUGGCUGUAGAGACCUACAGUAUCUCGAAUGUGAGCAAGACAAAUCAUUGACAGGUCACGUGAUCAAGACCAUCCGUAUGCUAGCACAAGGCCUAGAGGAAUGUCAGCACCAGUGCUUCAUAGACGACAGAUGUGUGUCAUAUAACUUAGGUCCAGUAUUUGGAGUUAUAAGGUCAUGUGAGUUGAAUAAUGCAGAUCACGUGGAAUAUCCUGAUGACGUGAUAUCUGUUCCUGGUGCUGAAUACUGUCCAAUCAAGAAUCCAUGUGCGUCAAGUCCCUGCCCUAAAAAUCAAACCUGCAGGCCAGACUUUGAGUUCAACACUUUUCGUUGCGAAGACAACAGUUCUUGCGCAGGACUCAAUCGUUUAGGAGAGAACAAUAAUGGCGUGUACAAUAUUACCCCAAUCCCAGGAUACACCAUCCAAGUCUUCUGUGAUCAAAUAACUGACGGGGGAGGCUGGACCGUGAUACAAAAAAGACUUGAUGGAUCGGUGGAUUUCUUUCUUGGAUGGGACGAUUACAAGCGAGGUUUUGGAAACAAGAAUGGAGAAUACUGGCUUGGGCUUGAUGCCAUGUAUAUCUUGACUAACAGUAUACAGAACGAGAUCAGAAUUGACCUGGAGGACUUCAGUAUGAGCAAAACCUAUGCGAUGUAUGACUUGUUCAAAGUUGGAACAGAAUCCCAGAAAUACGAAUUGUUCCUUGGAUCCUUUAAAGAAGGGAAUGCUGGUGACUCAUUGGGCUAUCACAGGUGGGCUGCAUUCUCCACAUUUGAUCGAGACACCGGCUGUGCCAACAGAUUUAAGGGCGCUUGGUGGUUCGGGAAAUGUUUACGCUCGCAUCUCAACGGUCAAUACCUCGGCCAAAAUGUUUCAUUCGCUGAAGGCUUACACUGGAGGUCCGUAACUGGACUUUACACAUCUCUCAAAAGCGCAGAAAUGAAGAUACGACCAGUCGGUUUUAAGGGUUAGGCACCUGCUUUUAAUUCUAAUUCUAUUACUGAUAUAACAAAAGCAACACAACAACAACAGCAACUGCAACAGCAUCAGCAACAACACCAACAACAA